CGAGACCCCAACAGCAGUUCUGCCAUCCGAAUACACCAUGUCCAGCGCCCCAGUCGUCCGUCAGGCCAGUCAUGCUGGGUCGUGGUACUCAAGCUCCAAGACCCAGCUCGAUGCGCAACUCGAAGGCUGGCUAUCAGCCGUGAAGCCGCCAAUUUCUGGCAUUGCUUCACAGUCUCGUGGUCAGUCGUAUGCGGAACUGCCAGUGCCAGGGGCGCGGGUGAUUAUUGCGCCACACGCUGGCUACUCGUAUUCUGGGCCAGCAGCGGCAUGGGCUUACCAGUCUUGGGAUGUCUCGAAAGCCAAGAGAGUGUUUCUGCUCGGGCCAUCUCAUCAUUAUCCGCUGUCUAAGGCAGCCUUGUCACGAUGCACACACUACGCAACUCCGCUGGGAAACCUCACCGUUGAUCGGGAGACCACAUCCAAGCUGUAUGAAAGCGGCUUAUUUGAGUGGAUGAGCCAGUCAACAGAUGAGGAUGAACACAGUCUGGAGAUGCACCUGCCCUACAUCUUCAAGAUGCUUUCCAAGUCCUUUGGCGAAGACGCUUCUGCUUUGCCACCUCUGAUUCCAAUUAUGGUCGGCAAUACCUCGCCCUCGACCGAGCGCAAGCUUGGGCAUAUCUUGGCCGACCAUCUUGCAGAUCCUGACAAUGCCUUUGUGAUAUCCUCCGACUUUGCACAUUGGGGAACACGAUUCAGAUACACGUUCUAUAAAUCUUCUUCGGGAGCCCCUACCAGACUCAGCUCGUCGGCCCAGGCCCCGAAGGAGCCGCCAAUUCAUGAAUCGAUCAAAGCAGUGGACUUCGAGUGCAUGGCGGCCUGUGAAAGCGGUAGCCAUGAGAGCUGGCUGGAGGCCUUGGGGGAAACUGGAAACACAGUCUGCGGCCGACAUCCGAUUGGCGUUAUCAUGGCUGCUGUCGAGGAGGUACGGAAGCAACGUGGCGAUGACUCGAUCGGAGCUUUCAAGUUCGUGCAGUAUGAUCGAAGCAGCUUGGUUCACAAGGUGAGCGAUAGCAGUGUUAGCUACGCUAGCGCUUUCGCUACGAUCUGAGCGGACAGCCGUCCCAGAACGCAGACACAGAGAUUGAGCGAACAUGUGUAAUGCAUGUGGUCACUCAUGCAAAUGCAAGAUAGAGGUUACAAAGGCUU